AUGCCCGAACAAAUAACUCUUUACACUGGCAAAAUCUGUCCUGGUGGGCAGCGCGUUGAAAUCGCGCUUAUAGAGGCAGGCGCGGAGUUUACCAGACAUGAGAUCGACCUGCAGAAUAAGCCGAGUUGGUUCACCGAACAAGUCAAUCCUGUAGGCAAGAUUCCAGCACUUUCGUACGGUGGCCCAAAGGUGCCCCCAGAUCAUCCGCAUCCAGAGUCCGUUAAGCUUGCAGAGUCACUGGUUCUGCUUGAAUUCGUCGCGGACCUCUUCCCAGGAUCAAAGCUCCUUCCAAGAGAUCCUGUCUUGCGAGCACGUGCGCGUUUCUUCAUCGAUGCGGUGAAUACUAAAUUCGUGGCUGGGUGGAUGGCUUUCGUUGCCCAUGGUGAAAGUGCAGAUACAUUCUUCUCUGCUGUCGAGGCGAUCCAGGCGCUACUUACCGAUGACAAGAAGUUCGCGGUUUCUGAUGAUCUCACAAUUGCGGAUGCGGCUAUUGCCCCCUUUCUCGCUCGUGUUUUCUUGUCGACAAAGAAUGACCUCGGAAAUUUUGCACCUGGUGAAGGAAGGAAAGUAUUUGAGGUACUCAACAGCCCACGGUUCAGCAAGCUCACGAACUACUACAAACGGAUUGAAGCGCGUGAGAGCUUCAAGUCAACGUUCGACGAGGAUUACAACAAAGGAUACUACGACAGAAUGUUUAAUAAGACCAAGGCUCCAUGAUUAGAUGCAUCGAAGUAAAGGGACAUCGUGAUACGUAGCUCAUACGCUAGGCUCUAUCGUGUAUGCGAAAUGUAGGCAAAUA